AUGAAAGAUUGGAAUCCUGCCUCUUCACUCAUCGAACCAAAUGUGAAGUUGGAGAAGCAUGGAGAGGAAGACAAAGUCAAUGCAACUUUGUUCAAACAAAUUAUUGGAUCUCUGAGGUAUGUGUGCAACAGUCGACCUGAUAUAGGUUUCGCUGUCGAAUUAGUAAGCAGAUAUAUGAGUGAACCAAGGGUGUUACAUAUGAAGGCUGCAAGAAGAAUCCUAAUAUAUUUGAAAGGAUCAAUAAAUUGUGGAAUACUAUUUCGACAAGAAUCUGGAGGAAAAGAAGCAAUAGUAAAUUAUUUUUCAGAUGUUGAUUGGUGUGGAGAUAAGGAAGAUCGAAGAAGCACAACUGGAUAUUUCUUUCAAGUGUUUGGUGCCCCAAUCUCAUGGUGUUUGAAGAAGCAACCUGUGGUGGCAUUGUCUUCAUGUGAAGCUGAAUAUAUAGCAGGAUCUUAUGUUGCAUGUCGAGCAAUUUGGAUCAGAACUCUACUUGAAGAAAUGGAAGUCGAAGUGAAGAAAUCGUCUGUGUUACAAAUCGACAACAUGUCCGCCAUAAAUCUGGUGAAGAAUCCAGUUUUGCAUGGAAGGAGUAAGCAUGUCGAAGCUAGAUUUUACUUCUUAAGGGAGAAGGUGAAUCGAGGUGAAUCUAGAUUUUACUUCUUAAGGGAGAAGGUGAAUUAA